AGAAAGACAAAUGGUUUAUAAGCACACCCCCCCUGCAGUUGAACCUCCUUUGCGUUUGCUUUGUCUGUCAACAUUGACAUAUAUUUCAUAUUUCAUCACUAGAAUUCUCCUGUAUUUUAUUUUAUUACUUAGCAAAGCGCAUCGCCUCUCGCCAACAUCCCGCACCAAUGAACCCGUCAGCACUCCCGCGCAUACUUCCCGGUCUGAGGGGCUCGCGAGCACUGCGCUGGACCCACACCCGCUUGGGCCAGCUGCAGCGCACGUUUGACAAAGCUCUGCCGCAAGCGCACUGCCCCUUGACCGCUGGAUUUUCCACAUCCUCCUGUGUCCCGCGCAAAAAGGUCAUGUUCCCAGGCGCACUGGACUCCGAAUAUACACACGAGCUCCGAUUUGCUUCGAAUGUGGAGUCAAUCCCGACAUACCAAGUCAUGGACACUGACGGCAAGGUUUUAGACGCCGCGAAUGACCCCCAAGUAACCGAGGAGGAGGCAAGGAAGAUUUACAAGAAUAUGCACGUUCUUAAUGUCAUGGAUCAGAUCAUCUUUUACAUGACAAACUUUGGCGAAGAGGCCCUAAUCGGCAGCGCAGCCGCGCUCGAUCCCAGGGACCAAGUGUUUGGACAGUACCGCGAGGCCGUGCUACUCAACGAAAAGGACUUGGGAAAAGGCCGCCAGAUGCCGAUUCACUACGGGACCAAGGAGCUUCACUUCCAAACAAUCUCGUCGCCUCUGGCAACUCAGAUCCCCCAGGCCGCUGGUGCAGCCUACGCCAUGCGCCGUGAGGGCAAAAAGCUGUGCGCGAUGUGCUACUUUGGAGAGGGCGCGGCCAGCGAGGGCGACUUUCACGCAGGACUCAAUAUGGCGGCCACCAUUGGCUGCCCUCGUGGAAUCGGGUAUGGCAUCGACACCAUCCGUGUGGAUGGCAACGACAUCUGGGCUAUAUACGCAGCAACCAAGGCAGCGCGCAAGAUUGCCGUCGAGCAGAAUAAGCCCAUUCUCAUCGAGGCAAUGACAUACCGCAUCAGCCACCACAGUACGUCAGACGACUCUUCAGCGUACCGCUCAAAGAAGGAGGUUGAAGACUGGAGCAAGCGCGAUAACCCAGUGUCUCGCAUGCGCGAGGUGCUCAAGGCCUUCACCGUCUCCGAGCAGCUGAAAAAGCCCUCUAUCCAGCACUUGUUUGAAGAUGUUUACGACGAGCUCCCGCUUGAGCUUCAAAGAGAGAAGGCCGAGGUCGAAGCGCUCAUCAAGAAGUACCCUGACUACUACCAGGUCAACGAGUUUUCAAAGUAAAUACAUGCAUACUGCUCAAAAAGAGCCAGUGCCAUUGCACCGCGAUUCGCAUUCCGUUUGUUUU